CUCGUAUUUCCACCCCGGCUUCGUCUUAAAAAAGCUCAUCCAGUUCAAUUCUUUGUCCUCUAACGCCGUCGUACGUCGCGGUAUUGUAUUCGUCAGUUCUAAUCUCUUCUUUUCCUCUCAGGUGCUCUGCUGGCGUUGCGCCAAACCUGGCAUCAGCCAACGCUGAUCCGAGCCGGUUCACCACCAUAAAUUAACAUUCCAUCGAAAAAUUCACCCAAAUCGGCUUUAAAAACGAUGGAUUUGCUAUCUUACUGCAGCUUAUAGUUUUCAUCAUCGUUAUAUACUACUAGCUUUUGAUUACAAUCGUGCUAAACCAUCCGAGCCAUGCCGCCUCGCGGCAGAGGACGCGGCCGCGGCGGUGGCAGAUUGGCAAAUCGUGGAACCACCAGAGGUGGUAAUAGAGUUGCAAAAUCUGCUCCAAGACCACCAGGACGCCCGAGGAGAAAUUCGUCAGGCAACCUCAAUGGCCAUUCCCAGGAUCGGUCCGAUGGGGAUCACGUUCACGCCGUCUUCGAGCCCCCAGGCUUGCUCAUCAUAGCCGGCAUGCUGCCCGAACACUUUCCAGACUAUGAUUCGGAUCACGAGCAGGGCGAAAGCGACUCUCAUUCCGACUAUGGUUCUGCAACUGCGAAAACGCCGCGAAAGCUGACGGCCAGAGAGCGUCUGCAGGAGACCGAGCAUGCUUCCAAUCCUGGAAACGACGAUGAUUGGACCGAAACAGAUGUCGAGAUCAUGGUCGCCCCAAAGACCAGAGGCUUUUACCGUCCACCACCCAAGCGAGAGGUGGUCCGGAAACGAGUCAAAAAAGCCGAAAGCUCUCGUUACGGCGAUGCUUUUCCGCAACUUCGUAAUGGCAGCGCCUCGGAAGAUGCUAGCGAAGACGCUCUGCCAUCGCGUCGCUCGUCUCAAAAGUCAAGUCACGAGAACGCUGACCUCCCCGUCAUCGUGGAGCAGGAGGCCACCGAUGAAGACAUGAAUGCCAAAAGCACGUCUUCUGCCGUCACCGCGAAUACGGCCAACAGCGUCAAGAAGUCGAGGAAAGAUGCCACACCUGAAUCAUCGAAGCCACGGCCCGAGAUUGUGGACGAGGGUGAGCUUUCUGAAGCAGACUUCCCUACCGCAUUCCUAAAAAAACCUCCAACGCCUCCAAUAGAGAAAUGCGAUGACCGAGCCGACUGGAUCAUGCGUAAGCUCUUUGCCCCAAUGGGAGACCCGCAGGCUUUCGUCUCCGCUCUCACGAAGCUGGACCCCUCUACCCGCAGCACCGAGGUGCUCUACGAUCUCGCAUUGAAUGCACAGCGUGCCAUCAAGGCUUGGCAGGACGAGUACCUUGAGCUCGAUCAGAUCACUGCCCCGAAAUCGAACCCUCCGAAAAAACCUCUAACCGGUGGCCGCAUGAUCAUCGAUCCCUUAAUUUACGAUGACAUGCUCGAAGCAGACCUUUACGGCUAUAACUACGACUCCAAAAAGGCUCCAGGGAUGCAGGACCCUUUCCGUCAACGCGCAGGGGGCGGAAAGUUCGUCGGUGGACGCGAAUUACGCCAGCGAAGGGGCCGCGACGUUGGCCCCGUUGAGCUCAGUGAGCCCGACGCGACAGACGUCGGAGGCUAUGGGACACGUAGACGAAGAGCUGCUCAGCAGCAGAACAACAAUCAGCUCGAGGUGCCACCUAGAGGAGUCAAGCGAGUCAAUAGCAAUCAAGGGUCAGAGGUCGAACUGCCGCCUCGCAAACGUGGCAGGCCGAGCGCCGCAGAGAAAAGCCUCAUGCAAUCGAGGGUGCGACAGCUUAGAGAGGAGAGCGCCGCAAGAUCAACGAGCAGCGAGCGAGAUGUCAGAUCCUCGGAGCCUCCGCGGCGGAGAGGCAGACCGCCCGGUAGCAAAAACACAAUGCCUAGGUCGGACGCUGGAAUCAAAAAGGGGCCAAGAAAACCAAGAACUACCUCUACCCAAGCAGACGGUGAGAAUGCUUCGCUCGAUCCCGCAGAAGCUGCCACGCCUGCCUCCGGAGACGACAGCAUGAUCGUCGAUGAUGCUGCGCCAGCUUCUCAAGUCAACGGCGUCGAAGCGAAUGCAAGCACAGGUCAAGAGCACAGCGUCACGAACGGAGAGCCACCCGCUCCACCUCCUGCUCAAACUGGCACGAGUGCAAGCACUCCUGGUCCCGACGGGUCAGCUCCAAAGGAGAAAGAUCCCAAGAAGCGCGUUCGAUCGGAAAAACGCUCCAAGAGCAUGACUGAGUGGUGGGCGGCACGUAAGGCUAAGGCCGCCGAAGACCGCAAGCUGCAGCUGGCCCAACAGGCUGAGCAGGAUCGCAUUGCAGAGGAGCAGGCUCGUGCCGCGCAUGCAGCGCAUCAGGCACAUUUUCCACCCCAAGACGCGAGAUACUGGCCGCAGAUUGCUCCGCAGCAUCAACAUCAACAUCAUCAUCAUCAUCAUCAUCAGCAUCAUGCUCCACAGUCUUAUCAGGGUCCGCCCCCACAAACACAUCCUCCUCCUCCACCUCCGCCGCCGCCGCCAUUUGCGUCUCGGCCACAAUCGCAAACGUACCAACAAAGUUCGCCUCAGCAAGGUCCGCCUCAGCAAGGUCCGUCUCAACAAGGUCCACCACAACAUGGUCAAUCGCAGCAUGGUCAAUCACAGCGGGGUCCGUUGCAGCAUAUUUCAUCUCAGCAUCAACCGCCUCCCUUUUCAACACCUCAGCAUUUUCAUUCACAAACGCCUCCGUCACAAAACGUGAGGAUAGAACCCCCAAACACACAACCUCCCCCGCCAGUGGCGCAUCCACAUGGAUUGCACACCCAAGGGCUACCUCCGCCAGAGCGCCAGCUACAACAAGUCCCUUCUUCAGAGCAGCAACACAUUUCGGUCAAAAGUCACCAACAAGGCACAUCGCAUACAUCUCAAUCGAGUUCCACCUCGGGAUUACCGCCUAUCUUGGCUUCCAAGCAGCCCCCUCAUCAGCCGCCGGCACCGCAAGCGUCAUUUACGAGUCUUCCCGCUCAUUCACCUCCGCAACAUGUCUUCCAAGCCCAUCCUACUCCGUCCGCAGCGCAGGCACCGGCACAGUACUCUCCACCCAACCCCCAGGAGGCACCUAAUCGCCAACCAUCCCCUCUUCGCCGCAUCAUCAAUUAUGUCAGCGACCCGUCUAAGGCAGCUCAGCCUGCAGGGCCUCCCUAUCAGUCCAUUAUGACUCCAGGCGCGACUAGUCCAUCAAUCAUGCACCAAGGUAGCCAGACCAAUCGUCCAGACAGCCGUGGGCGGAGUCCACCAGCAACUGCGGGCAGUUUCAUGAGCGCGUUUCACAUCAACAACCACACGUCUCGACCUCCUAUACCUGGGACUGGUAGCUUCAGAUCAGAAACACCAGCCAAGAACACAUUCACGAACUACACGGCUCCGCCUGUAGCAAGACAGCAAGGCCGCAUGACAGGUGCGCAAGUGCAGGAUCUUGCGCUUGCCGCUGUGCAACCGGCGCAAAGGAAGCCACUUGAAGAUGUCUUGAAAGAGCAAAGAGAUUGGAGGUCCAGAGAUCUUUCCCCUCCACCGCCGCCACCACCUCCGAGCGGGCCAAGACCCUUAUUCAAACUACAACCAGCGCCGUUAAACGGCCCUCCUAUUCUCCCUCAACCAGCUACUUCUAAUAUGGAUCAUCCGGCAGGCGCACAAAGUUCGCAUCUUUCUCACCACCAAGAUCGCGGCCCAACGCUACCUCGCUUAACACAACAAUCGGCCCCUGGGCCUUUUGUACCGCGUCCAUCCUCAGCGGCCAGUAGACCCAUGCUAGGCUCGUCCAUCGCGGCUAUACUGUCGCACAGUCCUCCCUCAACUCAGCACGCUCAGAUGGCGUCUAAGUCUACAGCCAGGCAACAGCUUCCUCCACUGAUGCCGAACCUUGACCGCGAUAAGCUGGAAGAAAAGUCCGCAACGAGCGGACCUUUUGGAGGAACUGCCGAUAGGCACAGAAGCAUCAGUGUCAGUAGUCAAGGGCCACCCCUGAGGUUUGUAGAUAUGCAUCGAGGCGACCGGAGGGGAAGCUCGGCGGGACCCGCGCAGCAUGGUUUCCCACCUGACAAGCAUUAAAAUGUUAUUUCUCUUGUUUAAUUCUUUUUCCUAAUCUGUCUCCACAUCAUAGAGUGUCGUGUUUGUCUGUCUUCGCUGUUGCUGUUGUUGUUUGUUUGGAUAGUAUGUAUAUACGAAUACCCUACGUACUAGUGUCCUAUCACUCGCUUUUCUGUAAUGCUAGCUUGUACGCAU